CGACCAAGAAGAAGCCCUUCCUGGCUCGCAUGGACAACUCCUCGAUGGACGAGUGCUACGAGAGUGAUGGUACAGAGGAGAUGGACGAAAAGGAGGAAGAGGAGGAGGAUGAGGAUGACGAAGAAGAGGAGGAGGAGGAGUACUCAGAGGACAAUGAGGAGCACGGCGAGCCAGAGGAGGGUGAGGAGGAGAGGGGGGAAGGGGAUGAGGUAGAACAGGAGGAGGGGGUGGAGGAAGAAGAAGAGGAAGCAGAGGAAGGGGAUGAGGAAGAGGAAGGAGAUGAAGAAGAGGAGGAUGAGGAAGAGGAAGACUAUGAAGAACAGAGUCAGUAUCAAGAGGACGCCCUGGCACGUGGCAUCUACUCAAAGACUGGCCAUACCAUGGAGAAGGAUGACAACAACAACGAAGAGUAUGAGAACUAUGAUGAGCUGGUGGCCAAGUCCCUGCUGAACCUGGGCAAGAUUGCAGAGGACGCAGCUUACCGCGCCAUGACCGAGUCGGAGAUGAACAGCAGCUCCUCCAAUAGCGCUGAGGAGGAGGACGAUGAGGAUGUGGAGAAGGGCACGAGAAAGGGCGAGUUGAGCCUGGACGUGGACAGUGAUGUCGUUCGGGAAACGGUAGACUCCCUUAAGCUGUUGGCACAGGGGCAUGGCGCCAUGCUAUCUGAGAACCUCAAUGGGAGGGGCUAUGCAGACGGCACACUGGAAGGUGUGGAUGGGGGCGGGGCCUUACAGGGCAAGCCUACCUGCAAUGGACAGGCGGAGGAGAGCGAGGAGGAGGUGUGUCUCAGCAGUCUGGAGUGCCUCCGGAACCAGUGCUUCGACCUGGCGCGCAAACUGAGCGAGACACAGCCUGCCGAGCACUGCGGGCACACUUCGAACCCGCAGCCAGCCCCACAUCAACAGUCUGGCUAUGUCGACUGCCAUCAGGGGCAAGAGGACCGGCGUGCUGCAGAGCGCAGCUACUCGGACAUGGUCAACCUGAUGAAGCUGGAAGAGCAGCUGAGCCCUGGGUCCAAAGCUUUCUCCAGCUGCGCCCGGGAGGAUGGUUACCAUGACGAGGACGCCACUUCAGUGGCCUCGGACCGCUCCGAGGAGGUCUUCGACAUGACUAAGGGCAACCUGUCCCUGCUGGAGAAGGCCAUUGCCCUUGAGUCAGAGCGGGCCAAGGCCAUGCGGGACCGGAUGGCCACAGAGGCGUCCCGGCACGAGCGGGACCUUCUAAGGAUGCAGGAGGACAGCGGCUCCAGGCCCAGCUGUGCCGAGGAGCGCAAGGCACGGCUGCACGAUGGCAUGAAGAAGCCGUACUACCCUAAAGAUUCUUUGCGGGCGGAAAAGAAGGAGAGCCGGUGCCCCACACCCGGGUGCGACGGGACGGGUCAUGUGACUGGGCUAUACCCCCACCACCGGAGCUUGUCGGGGUGUCCCCACAAAGACAGGGUACCGCCAGAAAUUCUUGCAAUGUAUGAGAAUGUUCUUAAGUGUCCCACACCCGGCUGCACGGGACGCGGUCAUGUCAAUAGCAACAGGAACUCCCAUCGCAGCCUCUCCGGGUGUCCCAUCGCCGCCGCUGAAAAGCUGGCCAAGGCCCAGGAGAAGCACCAGACCUGUGACGGCAGCAAGUCCAGCCAGGCGUCCGAUCGCGUGCUGAGCCCAUCCCACCGCUCUGCUCCCCCCAGGCCGAUGUGCUUCGUGAAGCAGCUGGAGAUCCCACAGUACGGCUACAAGAACAACGUGUCUACCACCACCCCUCGCUCCAACCUGGCCAAAGAGCUGGAGAAGUACUCCAAGACCAGCUUCGAGUACAACUCGGGCUACGACAGCAACCACAUCUACGGCAAGCGAGCCAUCGCGCCCAAGGUCCAGGGCCGGGACCCGUCCCCCAAGGGAUACGAUGCCAAGCGUUACUGUAAGAACCUGAGCCCGGCCAGCAGCACCACCAGCAGCUACGCCCCCAGCAGCAGCAGCAGCAGCAUGAGCUGUGGGGGAGGUGGUGGCGGCAGCAGCGCCAGCAGCACCUGCAGCAAGAGCAGCUUCGACUACACGCACGACAUGGAAGCAGCACACAUGGCCGCCACCGCCAUCCUCAACCUGUCCACGCGCUGCCGCGAGAUGCCCCAGGGCCUGGCCAAUAAGCCACAGGACCUCUGCUCACGGAACCCCGACAUCGAGGUGGAUGAGAAUGGCACGCUAGAUCUUAGCAUGAACAAGCAGCGGGGGGGCGAGCGCGAUGGCUGUGCAGUGCUGACGCCACUGGAGCCCAUGUCGCCGCAGCGGCAGGCCCUGCUCAGCAGCCGCUGCUACCAGAUGGGCGAGGCCGACUGCUGGGACCUGCCUGUUGACUACACCAAAAUCAAGCGCAUCGACGAGGAUGACCUCAAGGAGGCAGACGAUCUGGAUCCCUUCCACGACAUUUUGGAGGACCGCCAGUACCCGGGAGAUGUCCAAGUGCCCAGCCCCAAGUCCAAAUACGCCCCUUGCAAGGAAAGCAAAAAGGACCUGAUAACAUGUCCAACACCAGGGUGUGAUGGAAGUGGUCACGUGACCGGUAAUUACGCUUCACAUAGAAGUCUUUCUGGCUGUCCUUUAGCUGACAAAAGCAUUCGAAGUAUGAUGGCCACCAACUCGCAAGAGCUCAAGUGUCCGACGCCAGGGUGCGAUGGUUCGGGACACAUCACUGGGAAUUACGCCUCGCACAGAAGUCUAUCAGGGUGCCCAAGAGCGAGAAAGAGUGGGAUAAAAAUAACACACAGUAAAGAGGAUAAGGAGGACCAAGAGCCCAUCAGGUGUCCUGUCCCUGGCUGCGAUGGGCAGGGUCACGUGACGGGGAAGUAUGCAUCUCACCGAAGUGCAUCAGGCUGCCCCCUGGCAGCCAAACGGCAGAAGGACGGGUACAUGAAUGGCUCCCAGUUCACAUGGAAGUCCGGGAAGACGGACGGCAUGUCCUGCCCGACCCCGGGUUGUGACGGGUCGGGACACGUUAGCGGGAGCUUCCUUACACACAGGAGUCUGUCAGGCUGCCCCCGUGCGACGUCGGCCAUGAAGAAGGCCAGGAUGUCGGGCGUGGAGAUGCUAACAGUAAAGCAACGGGCCAGCAAUGGUAUAGAAAAUGAUGAAGAAAUUAAACAGUUGGACGAAGAAAUCAAAGAUUUAAAUGAAUCUAAUUCACAAGUGGAAGCAGAUAUGAUUAAACUUAGAACACAGAUUACCACAAUGGAGUCUAAUCUGAAGUCAAUAGAGGAAGAAAACAAGGUGAUUGAACAGCAAAAUGAGUCUCUCCUGCAUGAGCUGGCAACCCUCAGCCAGUCACUGAUAAACAGUUUAGCUAAUAUCCAGCUGCCACAUAUGAAACCAUCGCCACACAAAGAGGCUUCCCUUAGAAAUAACAGCUGUUUACAGUUGCAUCAGAGAGAGCCGAUAAAUGAGCAAAACUUUGACGCUUACGUGACCACGUUGACAGACAUGUAUACGAACCAGGAUCAGUACCAGAGUCCGGAGAACAAGGCGCUGCUGGAGAACAUAAAACAAGCAGUGCAGGGAAUCCAGGUGUAGCCACGGCAUCUGUGGCGAAACCACUCCUCCGUCGAAAGCAAACGACAGACACACAAAAGAGAAAACACUAACGAUUAAACAAGGGCAAUGCCUCGUGGUUUGCUGCUGUAAUUUAUCAGACAGUAUUAAAAGUUCAUUUCUGUUCUUUAAAAAUACAAAAGUGUUAUGCUUACAAAACUUCAUAAUGAUUUUUUUUGUCUUGUUUUAAAAAAAUAGUUAACAGCAGACUAGUUUUUGAAAACAUUCACAUUUUGUACGUUUUCAUAUGAGCUGACCUAGUGCGAUGUAAUCUUUAUAGCUGCUACUGGAUGCACAUUUUUAGUGUAUAUAUCUGAACAGUAGGCCGAGAAAUAUGACAGAUUCUUCUUAAUGCUUUGAAGCAUUUUAGACUCGAACUAAGAUGGGGGGCAGGUGAAGGAAAACAGACAGGAGACAAGUUGAAGUUGGAGACCAGUUUUUAACAAUCUUUUUUCCUUGGAUGAUUUUAUGAGAUUUUAAAAAGAUGUUUUGUGCGCAGAUUGUCAAAUAGCGAGACUUGGUUGUAAAUUGCUUUAUUUUUUAACAAUGCUUGAAAAAUCUUUGUCUUUUGUUUAAAAUGGUUGGUAGUGGCAGGUGGGGGCAUUUAAAGAUGGUAGGCGAUGUAUAUGAAAAGUACCUGACUAGAUGUAUGAAUGUUACAGUUUUAUUGUAAACAUCAUGACACGGAAACUUAAUGGUGGCAAUCCCAGAAUCUAGAAAGGACUAUUUUCUGAUGUUUAAAACAAAAAAAAAAGGAAAAAAAAAAAAACACUUUUAACAUUCUGUGUUGUUAGAUUCCCAUCGUCAUUCAGUCAACAACUAUGUGAUGUUCAAUGGCAAUAGAAAAAUCUAGGUGUCAUGCUGACAUUAGAAUCAGUUCUUUUCAAUCUUGAAACUUCAGUAGCUAGAAUCGGACAAUGUUUCAGCAAUAUAUAAAGACUAAAUCACAUAUUUAUAGAUGUGGGAUGCAAUCUACAUAAACAGUUUGGGUAUAUGCAAUUUCUUAUUUAUAAGCAUAGUGGAAAACUAAUGAAUCUUUUUACUAUAUGUAAAAUAUUAAUUUUUAUAUAAAUCUUUUAAUACAAAAAACAUUUAAAAAAAUGAGACGUGGACAUUGAGUUAAAUGAAAGAACCUUUAUGAUUUGAUUUCCUUUAUGUAAUUUUGCACAGGAUCACCUUCGUUUCCAUGUUUUGAUGUUUUUACAGAAACUAAAGCAGUACGUGAGAGCCUAAAAUGAGGAAAAGGGGUUUUGUAAAGAAAAAAAAAUAUAUAUAGCUAUAGUUUAUGAAAGCGGGACUAACAGGGUCACUGUCCCCAAAUAUGUGCCAGAAGAAUAUUUGCACUUGUCCAAUAGAUAUAUCCUAACGUGUGGGGGUGUGCGAUUUCCAGGUGUCCGCUUGGCACACGAUUGGAACAGUAGGAGACACUGUAGGUAAUCAAGAAGAAUCACUGAUGGAUACUACAGGGAUUUUGAAUUGAAAUAUUAUGAAAAUAAUAAUAAUAAUAAUAAUAAUGGUACCAGUAAUAAUAUGAACUAUAAACCAUUGUUUUACUUCAUUUUGGUUUGUAUUAUGAACAAGAAGAAAUCAGCCCAGCAGCACUUUAUAUCUAAUCACUGUACAAAAUCAUUAAAUGGUAAAUAAUGGGAAAAAAGAUUUAAAAAAGGAAAAAAAAGACUCCAGUUUCCCUAACAAAAUCUAUGGCUGGGAAAUGAACUCUGUAGUAAACUCUGGGGUAAUGCAGAAUCAUGUCUGUGUGGCCCCCACUUUCUGUUGUGCUAUUAGUUGUAGCUACCAUGUUCAGAAUUGCCUUUUUGCGAGCUAACGCAAAGGUGCUUGUCGUUCACCAGAUCUCACGUAUUGUACUUUCUGCCACCUUAUAGGGUCCCAUUCCUCCAUGAUGGCAUUAGCCUUUUUUCCACAGCAUCGUGUCUGCAGCUUUUUGCCAGUAAAGUAAUGCUUUCAGUAGAGUAAUAGCUAGUAUCAGUUUUUGAAUUAAUUAUCGUUAUCAGUACAAUGGAAAGGGAAUUUAAGCACAAACUUGCUGCUCAUCUACUGUUGGUACAUAAUAUCAAAUUUUAAAAAAAGUUAACUAUCUGUGACUAUUUACAUACGGAACACAAAAGGUGUCACAUAUUAGACUGAAUUUUCAUAUAAAUUAUUGUGAAUUCAUCAGAGUUUAUUUAUUCUAACUUCUUCAUUUUGAAGUUGAUUUAAGUAAUCAUUAAUGAAAACAGGAUUUUGUAUAAACUAUUGUGCUCUCUGUGGAACUGAAGUUUAAUUUAUUUUUGUACUGCACAGCAUGGAUUUGUUGACAUUUUAAUUUUGCUAUAAAUGUGUGAGAUCACAAGUUGCUGUGAUAUUUCAUUUUUAAAUUGUGAACUUUGUACAAUUUUUGUCAUGCUGGAUGUUGACACAUCUUACUCUGAAUAAAGAAAAAUUGUGUUGCCACAUG